CUUCCUCUUUCCUUCCUGUGGGCAUAGUGAUUAGCGAGCUAAUCAAACAAGCUAACCCACAAUCAGCCCGCCCAACCCUUCUCUUUCACCCUCCUAACCUUAAUUAGUAUCUAAUCAGCAUAAUCCCAAAAAAAAAACCUUAAUCCCAAACCAAAACAGCUCCACGUCUCCUACACAGAGAAGAAAGAGAAAUUCCCGAAGCGGAAAAUCGGGUCGGGUCGAAUGUCUUAACCCUCACAAAAACCACGCAAAACGUGCCGCGAAAGCCACAGUUUUGUUUUUCUUUUUCUUUUUUGCGUUCCCCAUUUUUUAUUUGCUUCCACGUAUUAAUCUCCUUGCCUCUUCUUCCUUUCCCUCUCUCUCUCUCUCUUCAGCCAUUUUCUCUCCCGAUUUUUUCCCGGGAACCAAACAGUAAAAAGGAAGCAGCGAAUUCGAUCACUGUGAAUACAGUACUGGGAGAGUAAUCUGUAUAGCUACGAGGUCUUUGUUAGAGUAUAUAUAUAUAUAUAUAGAGAGAGAGAGAGAAAUGACAUGGUGCAGCGAUAAUCCAUCGUCUGUACUGGCAGCAGUCGCAGCAGAUCGGGAGCAAGCUGAAAGAGUUUUCCCCGCCGGCGGCGCCGAUGGAGUAAUUUCCCGGUUCGGUGAGGAAUUUGGCGGGAACAAGUGCCCCUCAUGCGGCCACGGCAUGGAAUCGUCUUUCCAGGAUCAGGGCGGAGGCGGCGGGGGCGGGAUACAGGAUUUGCCGGGGCUGCCGGCGGGGAUGAAGUUCGACCCGACCGACCAAGAGAUACUGGUGCAUUUGGAGGCCAAGGUCACGUCCGAUUCCCGCAAAAUCCACCCGCUCAUCGACGAGUUCAUCCCCACCAUCGAUGGCGAGAACGGGAUCUGCUACACGCACCCUGAGAAGCUACCAGGAGUGACAAACGACGGCCAAGUCCGACACUUCUUCCACAGGCCGUCCAAGGCGUACACGACGGGGACAAGGAAGCGGAGAAAGGUGCACACAGAAGAAGACGGGAGCGAGACGAGGUGGCACAAGACAGGGAAAACCAGGGCGGUUCUCGUCGGCGGCACGGUGAAAGGGUUCAAGAAGAUACUAGUACUGUACACGAACUACGGCAGGCAGAGGAAGCCGGAGAAGACCAACUGGGUAAUGCACCAGUACCACCUAGGCAACAAUGAAGAGGAGAAGGAUGGCGAGCUGGUCGUGUCGAAAGUGUUCUACCAAACACAGCCUAGACAAUGUGGUGGUGGAAGUGGAAGUGGAUCCAGCUCCAUCAAGGAUUCCUUUGACAAGAACAAUAAUCCAAGUGGGAACAGUAACAUUCAAGGUAACAGUAGCUCUCUAGUUGAUUACUAUAGCCCAACUUUCAUGGGUUAUGACCAAGAGCAUAAUGUUAGUCAUCAGUCGUUGAUUCCGAAUCUGGUAGUUCAUGAUCAAGGUGAUGGGUCUUCCUAUAUUCGACUUGCUGCUGAUGCAAGCAAAGGGAAGGUUCAAAAGGAAAUGAGGUGAGGGUGAGAUACAGAGGAGAUCUCAUUCUCAUGAACAGGUCUCUUUUGUUGUUGUUGGAGGUAGAGUAGGAGUUAAGGACAGAAUUUGGAGGGGGGGGUUUUGUUUGGUGGGUAUUUGUGGGGUAAUGUGGGUAUUUGAGAAUCUGUUGGUAAGAGGGGGGAAAAGCUCAAAAGAAAGGAUUUCAAGAAUCACUAUGGGAUUCCCUUUUCUUUUGGUGGGAAGAAGUAGUACAGGGAGAGCUAGGUAUAUUUCAUUAACUUAUAGGUUAUAGAAGAAACAUUUGACACCUUUGGCUUUAUUCUUCUGUGAUUGGUUAAAUUAUACUGUACGUAUUUAGUAUAGUGAUUGUUUGGGAAAGGGAAAGAAUAGGGUUUCUUGAUUAUGGAGCAAUGGCAUGGGUAGAGUUGUAAUUUGACAUUAUUGUACAAUAAUAAUAAUAAUAAUAAUAAAAAUAAUAAUAAGCUUUCUUGCUUGGAAUAAAUUCCACUCAUAUGUAAAUAUUCAAAAGCAGCUUGUCAAUUAUAUAUGCAACAUAUUUGUUCUAAUUUCUUCUAACUUAUAGUAUAGCGAUUGUUUGGGAAAGGAAGAUUAGGGUUUCUUGAUCAUAGAGCAAGGUAGUUACUUUUCCUUUGGCUUUCAUAUAUUUUUUAAAAAAUGUUUUAUUCUAUUUUAAAUAUUUUUUAAUAAAUUAGAGAAAUAUCAUAUUGGAGUGGAAACCCCCAAGAAAGAAUUGGUUGGAAUGUAUAGUAGCUAUUAUUAUAUUGUUUUAUGUAACAUUAGGGGUUGAAACUUUGUUAUCAAGGAAAUAAGUUGAAAAUCGCAAAUAUAUGAUAAUUCUUUAUUGUCAUUUUUUUCCAAAACAAUUUUAAGAAGUAGGUAGUUGAUGACCCAAAAACAUGUGUUGGACAUUCAUUGUAUCAUCUAAUCAUCUAUACAACGGUUUAUGUGAUUGUUAACAAUUAGGGUGUGCCUACGGUGACAUGCAUGUCACGAUGACUUGCACUUUCCGGUCGACCUCAGUUAGGAUUAGGUCGACCUCAUUUAAAAUUCGGUCGACCUCAUAUAGGAUCUGGUCGACCUCAUUUAGGAUCAGGUCGACCUAAUUUGUUGUUUCAGUGUAAAAACAGUUCAUGGUGCCUACUUUGGAUAUUCAUAUCAUACAAUUGGCUAGAUGGAAAUUGAAGACUAAUGACUUGUUUUGAAGCUGGAGUGUCCCUCUACAUAUUGAAGUGGAAGAGAGCUCGAUAGGAAGUCUAGAAGACCAUUUUUGAACCUCGUCAAAAAGCUAUGCCAAAACUGGGAAACUGCCUGGAAAUGGCUAAGUCUGGAAACGUGUUUGUGAAGCCUAUUUUGGAGCUAAUUCGAGAAGCAUGAAUGCGAGUCGAGUCCAAGAGUCUCUACCACGUUAAAUUAGGUAUGUUUUUAUAUAAAUUCAAGGCAUUGGAUGAAAGAUUGGAUAUAUGUAAGGCUUCAAACAAAAGGGUCGAAGUUGCUACGAAGGCUGUUUUUCUGGCAGACUUCGAGCACAAGCAAGCUGCCAGAAAAACAGCCUUCGUAGCAACUUCGAGCCUUUUUUUAAGCCUUAAAGAUAUUCAAUCUUUCAUCCAGUGCCUUGCCUUUGUAUAAUAAAAUACGUAAUUUACU